AUGUCUGCUAUUGUUGAGCAGGAACCUGGAUUACCUGACCAAGAGCAAGAAGGUGGUGGGAUGGAGCACGACACCAGCCAAAUUGUCUUGCAUGUGCUGCCGAUGGAAGAGGCUGUUGAUGACAUCGAUGGAACCGCAGCAUUUCUAGUUUCACAGGCAGUUGUGAGAGCCAUUACUGAGGAAGACUGUGGGCAAGAGAUAUGGCCUAAUGUUGAGGAUAUCUGGCCUCGUGUGGAAGAUGUUUGGCCUAGUAUCGGGAAUAUCUGGUCUAAUGCAGAGGAGGUCUGGCCUGACGUUGAAGAUGACUGGUAUAUCUGGAACAGGGACCACGAGAGUGAUGACCAGGAGCUUCAGGAGGAAGCUGGAGACAAGCAGGACUACAAUAACGAAGAUGAGGAAGAGAAAGAGAAGGAGGAGGAUGAAGAUGAGAACGAUGAAGAUGACGAUGAGGAUGAUGACUAUGAAUACAAAGGGGAAGAGGAGAAUGAAGAAGAUCAUGAUGAGAAUCAUCAGGGGGAGAAAAUUAUUCUACAUGCCUGUGAGUUCACCUAA